AUGCAAUCCGGUGGUCAUGAUGCAAGUAUUAUUACACGAUAUAGUGAUCUUGAAUAUAACUUAAGUGCCUAUGAAGAUUACCCAUGGACGAAAGAUUAUCCUGAACCAUUGAAACAAGUUCAAUAUCAAUCUGAACGUCAUAUUGAUCCAAUAACCGAAGGAUUAAAAUUAGCUAAUGAGCAAAAUCAACGACUACAAAAUGAACUUCAUGAAAUGCAUAAAAAAUUUGAUACACUUAGUGCACGUACAAAACAAUUAGAAUUAUCAGUGUCAACAAAUGGAAUGCCGAAUUCAAUUGAUAAGUAUGAUCGUUAUUUACCACCAAAAGCUAUAACAUAUGAACGAUCUGUUCGUGAAAAUAAAAAUGAUCAAUUUGAUCAGCAUGAACAUAGUCAACAAAAAUCAUUAAAUACAUUGGAUAAACGUAUUACACAUGCAAGUCCAGCUCCAAGUAUUUCAACUUCAAAUAUAAAUAAAUUACGUAAUCCACUUGCUCCUCAAUCAUAUGAUCCAGUUGGUGGUUUUAUUAUAUUUUUUGAUUUUAUUGCUAAUCUUCCUUCAACAAUUCAACAAUGUUGUCUUAUAACAUCUAUUCAUCAUCCUAAAUCUGGACUCGGUGAACCAUCACAAUUACAACCAUUGAAAUGUGAACAAUAUAUUGAUGGAAAAAAUGAUGAACCUAUGAAUAUUGCUCUCAUUGCUACUAAGCAACCUGUACCAGGAUGUCCACCACAACAAGCAUUAACUAUUGUUAUUGAAGUACAAACAUCAACAAAUAAAAAAGCAUCAAGUGAAGAAUUACAAACAAAUGCUUGGACAAAAUUAGCAUUAUUUGAUAAUAAAAAUCGUUUGUAUAGUGGUCGAUGGAAAGUACCUUUAAAAGCAUUACCAAUUCGUCAAGAUGAAAGUCUUGCUGUUAUUAGUAGAGCUCCAACAUUUGGACGUGCUGAAUUAUAUUACAGAUUAGUUAAUUCACAAGAUGGAGACGAUCAAUCUGAUGCACCAUUAUCACUUAAACAUCGAGAUCAUUAUGCUUAUCCUUUACAAGUAUGUUUAUUAAUAGUUAUUAAUAAUAUGUAA